AUGCUUCUCAUCCCGGCGUCAGGUACGGCACUGCUGUCGAGGCGGUACGGUCGGUACCAGCUGCUGCAGCAACGCAGCGAUGGGGUAGUCCGUGAGAUGAGGGAAACGUACGAUGGGGCAGAAGAGGUGGAGAAAAAGAAACAACGUGGUUCAGCGUUGCUUCAGGUGGCGGAGGUGGCGAGUCGCCCGGUUUUCGCGGCGCUUCUACAACGCACGGUGAUGCCAGUGGUGUCGUACUCCGUGUGUGGCGGCGUGCCGCUCGCGUACGUGUGCGACGCAACAGACGUCGCCGGCACGUGGGUGGAGCCGACGCUGGCGGUGUCGCUGCCGGUGGGCGGAGGAUAG